UUUUCAUGAUGAUGUCAGCAUUUUUAAGCUGACUGUUUUUCUCACACAGAAUGAGGUCAUGUUACGUCAUCAGUAAAUGGAGGGUCAGCGCUAUUUUUGUAUGUCACGUCAGCUUCCUGUUUACACAAGCCAACGUGUAUAUAACGUGGUUGGGUCAGGCAGCAUACAGUACCUUACAGACGUCUCGACAAACCCUCAACAUUCGAAGGCUCUACAUCGUCCAUAUUUUCGACUCAAACACAAGUUGUGAAGAAACCCGUAUCACCGCUUGUCAAUUGCCAUGGCCCUGGAGGCCCUCCCUAUCCCACUGACAUGGACACUUCUGCCGGUCCUGGCUGUUCUGUUCUACCUGUAUGCUGUUCGCCCGUUGUUUAUCUUUAGGAAAAUGGGAGUCCCAGGACCAACCCCUUUACCGGUUAUUGGGACUACUUACUUGACUGCGUUUUGGGGAUUUUACAACAAUAACAUUUCUGUCUCAGAUGUGGGACCAGUCAAGGGAUUCUUCAAUGGGAUGACUCCAGCUCUUGUAAUAAGUGAUGCAGAGAUGAUGAAGGAGAUUUUUGUGAAACAGUUUCACAAAUUCACCAGCCGCCAGACAGACGCACAGAUGAUCAAUGUGAAGCCCCUGAGCCGCAUGGUGUUCCAGCUACUGGACGAUGAUUGGAAGAACGUACGGACCACAAUUAGUCCGGCCUUCAGCAGCAGCAAACUCAGACAGAUGACAGGUGCCAUGAACAGCUGUGCCGAUCAGCUGGUGGAGAAUAUCAGCAGCUUCGCGACAACAAAGGAGUCUUUUGAUGUCAGGCAGUUGACCGGUGCAUUCACUAUGGAUGUCAUCGCAAGGACCAUCUUCGGUACUGAGAUUAACUCACAGCGGAAUCCGCAGGACCCGUUCGCCAUCAAUGCUAAGAAAUCAUCCAACAUCAACUUCAAUAGUCCACUAAUCUGGCUCUACUUGCUGUUUCCCGGUACCAUGAAAAGGAUUUGCGAGUUCCUCGACUACCAACUGUUCUUCCCUAGAGAGGCUACCGAUUUCUUUAAUGGAGUUAUGGACCAACUCCUGUCUAUGAGGGAGACUGAUGGAGGAAAAGGACGUGUAGACAUGCUGCAGAUAAUGAUUGAUGCUCAUAAGGAGAAGGAGGACAGCACGGACGGAGCAAAGGUUCACGGGAAGAAACAACCUCUAACUAGAGACGACGUUGUUGCAAAUGGAAUCGGCUUCUUUAACGCGGGUUACGACACUGUCUCUAUCACAUUGUCCUUCCUGUUGUACCAUCUGGCACUCGACCAGCAGAUUCAGGACAAAGUCAGGCAGGAGAUUUAUGACGUUACUGACGGCGAAUCCCAGGUUGACUACGAGGCGGUGCAGAAGAUGUCGUACCUUGAGAUGUGUGUGAUGGAGACUCUUCGCCUUUACUCCCUCGUACCCUUCCUUGUUAGGGUAGCUGCUGAAGAUGUUCAGCUGAAAGACUUGACCAUCCCAAAAGGUAUGGGGGUAUCUGUGCCCGUCGUUGCCAUCCACUAUGACCCAGCACGCUGGACAGAUCCGAGGAAGUUCAUUCCUGAACGGUUCACAAAGGCAGAGAGGGAAAAGCGCAACCCGUAUGACUGGCUGCCGUUCGAGGCGGGGCCUAGGAACUGUGUGGGGAUGAGGCUGGCUCUGAUGGAGCUGAAGGUUGGAGUGGCGAAGAUCCUGAUGAAGUACCGCGUCACUACUGGACCUGAUACGGUGGUUCCUGUGAAGCUCAGCAAAUGGCAGCAGUUCCCCACACCUGAGAAUCCCAUCCGACUAAUGGUGGAGCCUGUGGACUGAUUACAAUGAGGGGCUCGAAAUAUUUUUCUGUAUACCUGCACUGGUGCAUGUAACACUGAAAAUUAUCUGCACCAGAUAUAUUUUACCUGCACCACUCUCAAUCUAUGGAGUAUGGAUCGUACUAAAAUUGUUCAGGAACCUUUUAUUUUUCUUCCAUACUUUAUACUAAUUGUAGGUGGUAACAUUCCAUGCAGCUAAUAAAAAUCCACAUACACCUACGUCAUGUGACAUUGAUGUAUAAAACCCAGUACAUGGACCAGUGCAGGUUAGGUACACGUAGACACCAGAAAUACCUGCACAGCUCCAAUUUUACCUGCACUAACCUGCAUAUGCAGGUAGUAUUUCAAGCCCUGCCAUGUCUUCUUUAUCAUAUAGAAUGCCUUGGAAAGUAGUCCUAUUAAGUUGUAAAAAAACCCAAUGUUCAUCCAAAAAGAAUUAAUAGAUUAAGUGGAUAGAUAAUCAAUGGAAUUGUAUCAACUUGCGAAAUUUUACCAGAGAGAUAUCGAUGAUGAAGAAAGUGAAUUAUCUACAUUAAAACAUAAUUCUUAAUUGUUAUUCUGAGCUUUCUUGAAUGUCUGACGAAUUCGGUUGAAAUUAAUACACAGAAUAGAUAUCUAAAUGUAGCGAUAGACAAAUACGAAUUAGCAAAUGAAUGAAUGGACGAUGGUAGGAUGAGAUUUAAAGAAAGGAGGGAAGAAAACAAUAAACAAUAACGUACCUAAUAUUU